AUGCAGUUUUCUAUGCCGUGGUGGCUGCUCCUAGGCCUUUUGUCUCUCGCUUCUGCAGCUGCGACACAGAAUGGAACUGAAGGAAUCGAUCUCUUUGAGGUCCAUCUGCCUGUAAACUGGAAGGACGCAGUUGCCAACGGGGUAAAGUUUGUCUUCGUCAAGGUGGGUGAGACUGAUCAAAAUGAUCGACGUGUCCAUUCUCCGUUUCUCUCUUGUUUCUCUCCAAUUAUAUUUGUAUGGUCUGGCCCCGGACUUAUUGUUGACCGACGCUCGCGACAGGCAACUGAAGGCAUCAACUACCAAAACGUACGCUUCCCUUUUCAAAAUACCGGCGCACUCGCUGCCGGGAUCGCCCAUGGCGCAGUCCACUUCGCAGCUGCGGCAGAAAGCAGCGGAGCCGAUCAAGCAGACUUCUUCAUCGAACAUGGGGGGAACUGGACCGCGGAUGGACAGACGCUGCCUGGGGUGCUGGAGAUGGAGGGCAAUAUUGCGGGGAAGCUUUGUCAUGGGAUGACGCCGACAGAAAUCACGGACUGGAUGCUUGACUUCUCUCACAGGUACAAGUUCCGGACGGGUCGAACGCCGAUCCUGUUCCUCUCGGCGGGCUGGUGGGCGAAGUGCGCUGGGAACAAUGCCACGUUUGGCGCGGAGCAUGCAUUAUGGUUGGCGAAUUGGGCUGAGGAGAUGGGCACGCUGCCGGUAGGCUGGCAGGCUGCUAUGUUCUGGCAAUAUGCCGGUUGGAGUAAGAAUGGAGGAGAGGCAAAUGUGUUUUUUGGUAGUUCCAAGGACUUGGUAAAGUUUGCAAUGGGAGCUGAUGAGUGA